CGGCACUGAUGUAGACUCGGCAGAAUGAUGGGUCACUGGGUGACGGCGGCCAGCUCUCUGCUGGCCUUUCUUCUCUAUUACAACUCGUUGGACGCAGGAUUCGUCUAUGAUGACAGGCGGGCGAUCCUCUCGAAUCCGGACGUCAUCGGGCAUACGCCGAUUGAGGCGUUAUUCGAAAACGAUUUCUGGGGGACGCCGCUCUCGGACCCCGGCUCUCACGGGUCGUACCGGCCUCUGUGUGUCGCCACCUACCGGCUCAACUAUGCCUUUAGCGGAUUCAAGCCGUGGAGCUACCAUUUCCUAAACGUUAUACUCCACUGCACCGCUACAGCGCUAGUCGUUACCGUGGCGCGGCGCAUUCUACCACACUACUGCAUGAGAGUUGGCACCGUAGUCACCGGGUUCACAUUUGCAGCGCACCCGAUACACACAGAAGCCGUCUCGGGAAUCGUUGGCCGGGCAGAUCUCGCCGCCUGCAAUUUGGUUUUACUUUGUUUUCUGCUUUACAACGAGCAUAUAAGACUCAGAGAGGAACAACAAAAACGGUUAUGUCGACACGUGACCAGAAAUGUUAUGUUACAAAGGAAAAUCGCGCCGAGCGAUCAGACGUUCAGGCUCAGUUGCCAUGGACUUGUACAGCACAUUAUGAUGAACUUUCGAAGGCUUCUCAAAGCCAGCAGGGCGGGCCCCAUGAAAGUCCUCGACGCCUGCGAGGUGAAGGCGGGUACUGUGAAAGUCAAGUGUCAAAGUGAUAGUGUAAGUGAAGAAACUGGUGAACUCAUAAAGUGGCUCACAUUAUCCGGGACUUUGCUGUUUGCGGCUGCGGGCACUCUGUGCAAAGAGCCAGCCAUAAUGGUUCUACCUCUCUGCAUAUUCUAUGACUUCAUCAAGGGCACCCGACAAGAAGAACCCUAUUCUAAGAGUCGAUGGCGAAGCAUAUGUGCUCUUGGAACAGGGGGCUUCGCCCUCCUCUACUGGCGGUUGCGCGUCGCUGGCACGCCAACCCCGUUCGCCGCCGCAGACAACCCCGCCUCUCGUGACCCUUCCUACCUCACACGACUAUAUACCUUCUCCUACCUCCCAGUCUUCAAUUUCUUCCUACUCCUCUACCCAUUCCAACUCAGCUUUGACUGGUCCAUGGAAUCCAUCCCUCGAAUCACAAGCAUAUCCGACCCACGAAACAUAUCCACUGUCCUUUUCUACGCUGUCGUUUCCAAAGUCACCUGGCGAGCUAUGAUUAACGAAUUCAAAAAAAGCCAAGAAAAGCCCCUAAAAGACCAAAAGUACUAUAAGAAACAAAACUGCAAAGUCAGGCAUAAAUGGAAUUACAACACAAAGCAGUACAACAGAGGGCCAGAUUGCGUUGAAAGGAAGAGCUACCAUGCCCCGCACAAAGAGAAUAUGUCAUCUAAGAAGAUAUUGUGUCCGUGCACGGGCUGUAAGCACACUCUGACGGAGGAGCACACGAGCGCUUGCCGAGCCGUAAACAACAACAAUACAAUGAUGCACAGUUCAACCUGCGUUUGCCCGAUGGCAAGCACGAAGUCAAAAGCGCCUAAUCCUCCGAGGACCGUUUACCGCAGCCCGCAAGUUGCGUUGCUUAUGUCUGUGGCAUUUAUGGUGUUACCGUUCGUGCCUGCUACUAAUGUCUUAUUUUACGUCGGGUUUGUGGUUGCGGAGCGUGUGUUGUACAUACCCAGCGUGGGGUUCUGUUUAUUACUCGGUCUGGGAGCUGGUGCGCUGACCCGGAGUUGGCACCGCAGCGAGCCUCGAAGUCGGCUGUUUAUGCUGACCCUACUCAUCGUCUUGUCAUCGAUGUGCUGCUACACGAUGCGGCGGAACCUUGACUGGCGUGACGAAGAAAGCCUGUUCAGGAGUGCGCUACAUAUAAAUCCACCCAAAGCGUACGGCAACCUCGGCAGCGUGCUCACGGCGCAGGGCCGGACCGCGGAAGCGGAAAUGGCUUUCGAGAGGGCGCUCAAAUACAGACCCAACAUGGCCGACGUUCAUUAUAAUCUGGGGAUCCUACUUCAGAACCAAAGGAGAUACGGCGAAGCUAUCAAAAGUUUCGAGAGAGCGAUUUAUUUUAGACCCUCCAUGGCCUUGGCCUACGUAAACCUGGGCACAUCACUAAUGGCGGACGGCCGAUUGGCCGAAGCAGCGAGCGCGCUGCGCGCCGGCUCCCGCGCUGAAGGCGUGAGAGUUCGCGACAGAAGAGAACAUGAAUCAGCGCGCGUGUCCGCUUUGGUCCAGCUGGCCGCGCUGCAUUCUCAGAGGGGUCACUGGCACAAAGCGCUGUCAGCGUAUAAAGAAGCGCUGCAGAUUCUACCAGACACGAACGCGCCUAUCGUCGGAUGGACGCGGCAUAACGUGUUGUCAAUGGCUGGCGAGAUCUACGUUCAACUGCAGCAGUGGCCGCAGGCUGAACAUAGCAUAUUGUCAGCGAUAGCAAUUGCGCCGGACCACGUGGAAACGCACCUCACACUGGCACAAAUACUCGCGAGAAACACGAGUAGGUCCAUGGAGGCAGAGAUGUGGUUCAAAAAGGCGUUAAUGUUAGCGCCGAACGACCCUUCGGUGCGGGAUCAGUUCGGUAUGUUCCUAAGAUCACAGCGAAGGCUACGUGAGUCAGCAGACCAACUCGUAGCAGCAGCGAAAUUGGCGCCGACUGACAGCGCUCGCGCUUCGUCCGCUGCGCGAGCGCUGCGGGACGCGCGCCGCUGUAGAUCUGCCGAGCGCUGGUACGCCAGAGCAGUGCAAUUAAAGCCCGAGGACGCAGAAUACCACUCAAAUCUCGGUGCGAUUCUCCACCUUAACGGCAAGUACGCAGCUGCCGCCUCGUCAUACCGGAGGGCGCUGCAGCUUCAACCAAACGAUGAGAUCACCAUCACCAACCUGAAGAGAGUCAGGACCCUCAUGGGCAAGCAGCGGAGGAAAUAAGUUAAGUUUUGCGGAAUGUUGUAACGGUGCUCCUUUGUUUCCUAUAGCUGGACCGGGAAUUUCUUCGAAAACUAAUAAAAUAAAUUAAAACAUAAAUCAAAACAGAACUUUUUCAACGGAGCCUUUCAAGGCAAGAGUGAAUAGGCAAUUACAGGGCAGAUAUUUACCAUCCUAAACUGCAUCUCACUUAACACCAGGUGAGAUUGCGGUCAAAUACCUGCCUUGUUCUGCAUAAAUAAUCUCCAAAACUUUCAGGAUCGGUCCAAGAUCUCAUUAGUGAUUCCUAAACUUUAACAAAUAAAUUUAAAAAAAUCACUGAUCACUGAACAAGUUGUUCUGUUACGUAGUUAUGGAAUUUAUUAAAUAACACAUUGCUGCAAAUCUCAAACGGAGCGUGUAACUCCGCUAACUCAGCGGUGACCUACUUCCAGACCUAUACCCAGUUUAGAGAUGAAUUUAAUGAUAUUAAAGUUAAUAUAAAUACUUUGUAACGUUUUAUGAAGUCCUAUUUCAACCUUUUGCUAACUUUGAAGUGAGAGCUGAAUAUUAAAAUGUUUCUUGACGUCCAAAUAUUGGAAACAAAGAAAGCAAAAACAGUACGUCAAUUGCCAAAACUAUUGAUAGCUUUCAAAGACGGUGUUGUUAUCAUAAAAAAUACCAAAAUA